AUGGUUUUGAAAAUUAUUUACUUCUUCUUGAUAACUUACAUCUAUUCAGUGAAUAUUGGGUUUGCUCACAAUGAUGAUCCUGCAUCUGCAGCUCAUCCUUCUCAUGAUAGCAUUAAACAACAAAAGGUUGAUAGGAUAGUUAUGAUGAGACAUUCUUUUGAAUCUCCACUGACUCUGGACACGACUCUUUCUGAAUGGGAUUUGGCUAUGGCAACAAUUCCUGUUAGAAAAAGCGUGGUAUUAGUUCCUGGUGUUAAAAACCGAACUGGCCAAUUUUGGAAUAAAUCCCCACUGAAUACUUCUCACUUUGAGAUUCUUUUUACUUUCGAGGUUGUUGGGAAUUCAAAUAAUUCUCAAGAAGGAGAGGGAUUCGCAUUUUGGUUUGUAAGCGAAGCUUAUGGAUCAAUUUACCCCAAGUCAAAUGAGGAUCUUGAAUCUUGGAAUCUUUUAGGGUAUAAAAAUGCUCCAAAGGGGUUGGGAGUUAUGUUUUCCUUUUUGGACCGUAACAACAAGAAAAAUCCCUCUAUCUCGCUUCUUCUUUCUGAUGGAGAAAAAACAUUUUCUUCUCACACAGAUAUCCCUACACACCUGGGAGUUUAUUAUAACUUUGUGAAUUCGGAUGGCCCUACUACAUUCAGACUCUAUGUUUCUCCAGAGACAGGGAUUAUUGGUCAAAUUAGAACUUCUCCAACUUCAAAGUGGAUUGAUUGUUUUAAAUCAGAUGCUAAUUCGAUACCAUCUUCUAUAAAAAAUGGAGGUUUUAUUGGUUUUUCUUCAUAUACUGGUCAUGAAGCUCCUAAUUACCCAAAGGUUGCUGAUAGGAUUUCUAUCAUUUCUAUGAAUGUUUAUAAUUUGGAUCUUAGCAGAGCUGGAGAAGAAAUCCCAGAUACUCUUAAACAUGAUUCCAAUACUGAGCAGGUUGAAGUCACCGAUCUUUUAAGAGAUACUCAUGUUCAUGGAGACAAGGAUGUUGCUGAGGCUCUUAAGGCUUUCUCACAAAUACUUUACAAACAUAUCACGGAGGCAACUCCAAGAGAGCAAGCAAUUCAUAGAACUUUGAACUCACUACUUACUCAGGUUCAAAAGCUUACUACUGAGGUUAAGGAGAUGCAACGUAUUCUAUUAAUUAGCUCAGGAACAAACCACAGUGAUACCUUAAACACUGUCCAAACAGAACUUGUUGGACUUAAGACACUAUUUGACAGGCAUUCGAAAUAUCAGACUAAUACACUUAUUGGUUUAGAAGAUACCUUAAAGAAUAAGGAGGAUGUGGCAUCCCAGGUACAUAGAGCAAUCAAAAGCCAGUCUUCUACAACUUCCAUUGUUUCUAUUAUUUUGAUUAUCAUUAUCGUAGUUUUUGGAUUGGUCGUGUGGAAGAAGGUUAAGGAUAUUGAAAAGAAACAUCUUUUAUAA